GGCCCUCCAGAGGUCCUGGAGCCGGAAGUUGCGUGCCGGGAAAGGGUGGCGCGUCUUGGGUGGGGAGCGGAGGCCGUUGUAGGGUUCCCUGGUGGAGGCAACGGGUGGCUCCUCCCUCACCACUCCCUCCCUCCCACCCCCUGCCUUUCUCCCCUGUCAUGCCGUCGCUUUGAGCUAUGGGCGCCAGCGGCUCCAAAUCCCGGGGCCUCUGGCCUUUCAGCUCGGGCGGGCCGGGCGGCUCGGAGUGUCCGGGAGGGGAGCAGGCUCUGGCCCGGGCGCGGGGGCUCUGCUCGGCUACCCCCUUCGUCUUCACCCGCCGUGGUUCUAUGUAUUUUGAUGAAGAUGGUGAUCUUGCUCAUGAGUUUUAUGAGGAGACAAUAGUCACCAAGAAUGGGAGAAAGCGUGCCAAGCUGAAAAGAAUCCACAAGAACCUGAUACCUCAGGGCAUAGUGAAACUGGAGCACCCUCGGAUUCAUGUGGACUUCCCUGUUAUCAUCUGUGAGGCCUGAGCCACGGGGCAAUGUGAACAGUCACUGUGUGCUGCCAUUGUACCUCACUUGCCCAGUUUUACCGUACCUCGUGUAAACCACACUAGGCAGCCACACAUCUCUGCAGAGUGAUGGAUCUGGAGAAUGGACACAUGGUUGGCUUUAAGCUCCUUUGCUUGGAGGAGGCAGCAGCACUGGGGAUGUCUCAGAAUUGGAUAGUUACCAGGAAUAGGAUUGGCUAGGCAAGCAUGUUAAUAGGACCUGUGUCACAUGAGAUGUGUGGCCUUGUUUAGUAGCCUGCUCAAAAAUUCCCUUGGCUGAGUCAAAAGUGGAAUCCUUUAAUCAGCCAUUAAGUGAUGUUUAGAUGGCAACAGAUUCCAAGAGUCUUGAAACUAUGAAGAACCAACCUUCACCUCUUAACUGACCAGAUGUCCGGCUUUUUGAGUAUCCCUGUCAGUUUCUACAAAAACUGACAAUUGCAUUUCAGUUUAUAUGCAGUGUAUGAGAGUAAAGGCCAGCAGGUGAGCAGCAAAUUCUUAUGUCUCUUCCUGCCCUGCCACUCCUCUCCCUCCACAAGGAAGUUGAUGAGUAUCCAACGCUGUACUGCAUUCUUGGGAGAUAGUAUCUACUGUUGCAGUUCAUGGAGGAUAGCUUUCUGAAAUGCACUUAAUUUUGAGGUCCCCAUUGUAAUGGGCUGAUAUGCAGGCCUUGCUCUUCUGUAGUAGCUCCUUAGUGUGCUACACUUGUCUUGUUUUGCUGGCAAUGUCUUUUCAACAUUGCUAUUUGGAAAAUUCUAUGGACUAGUGCCUAUGCUGUAGCACACUAAUGGAGCCUGCUGGCAGCUGCAAUAUCCAAUUGUGUUGGUCUCCUAAAUGCUUGUAGCUUUUCUGUUAAAAGUUUAUCAAAUGGGAAAUGCCCUUGAGGCAAUUUGUCUAAGCAGGCUAUGGUUCCAUUCCAGAGCAUUCUUUUGAAUUUGCAUCCAGUUGGAGUGUUGAAUGUGCCAUGUUCCAUAUGCUUAUUUUUUUCUCUCCUAAUAUAAUUCUAGGUAACUUGAUCCCUUAAAUCAUGAUGUCAACACUAAGGCAGCCUUGUUACUCAGAUUAAGAUAGUGCUCUACCUAAUCCCAGUUCCUGUGAUUCCUCCUCCAAAUAAUCAUGAAGUACUAGCAUCUUCCUUUACCAGUUUCUUUGAUUUAUAGGAUAUGAGCAAGGCUUACCUAAUGAGGGGAAAUGCAGUGCACUUUAAAGGAAAGUGUGAUCGUCUUCAGAAGGGCCUUGUGCUAGUGAAACGUUUAAUUAGUUGAGCUGCUUCCAUUGGCAAGCAUGUCACUGAAAAGGUACACCUGUCUCCAGAUCCCUGAUGUUUGACUUUCAAGACUUAAAGCUGCUGAGACCUGAACAGGCACUAUCCUGUUGAGGCAGUUAUAACAUUUAAGGGUGUUCCAUAUGCAGUGUACAGCCAGGAGACCUGAGCCUGCCUGCCUUUUCUACCAACCCCUCAGAACUUUAAUAAAGCUUUAAAGCCAGAUUAUAGAUAGGUUGGCUGUACCAGUCGGCUCACUGCACAUCUUAUUUUCCUUCCCAGAGCAUGUCAUUGCCUAAGUUCUUCAGGAGUUUUCUACCUCAAGGUUUAAUUUAAUCAGCUCGUAUAGAGUUGCUCCGGAACAUUAGUACAUCUGUGUUGUAUUUGUCUGCAAGUCUGCAUUUGGAAGGGAACCUUUAUAAGCAUUAUGAACCAGACUAGUAAGGAUGUGGGGUUUCAGUAGCUGCAUUGACAGAAAGGUUGCUGUUCAUUUGGUGGCCGUCUUUUGCCUCUUGCACAGCUUCUGUCAGCUGCAUGUUUGACCCUAGUGUGCAUGCUGGGGUUUAUCAAAGCACAGGAAGAAGGGCUUUCCCUGAUGACUUCCUGAGUUGCAACUGGAACCCACUUUGCCAUGUUAAAACCAUAAAUGUAUAAUGUGCUAAUAGGCCUGGACUGCAUUUUCUUGCUUUCUUCCUGCUCCUUUACUCCCCAUUUGUCCUACCCUGGUGUGGCUUAUCUUUUUGUUCCCUUCUAACUAGAUGUGGUUGGGAAGCUCUGAAGUCAUCCUUACCCUUCAUUGUAGAAGGAAGUUUCCACAAUCAUGAAAAUGAGAGUGUACUUGGGAUAGAGAUGUUUGCAAUGCUUCUUUAGCUAGUAAAACUCCAUCUCAGAAUUAUUGUGCACAAUGUGUCACCGGCUGAAACUUGGAGGGAACUGCUUAUUCUAAAGAAGACCACAGGAGACUGUAUACCAAGAAGCUUGCCAUUUAAAACUUUGUCUAUGUAAAGCUGGCAGAAGUACUUUCCUCUCUGUGCAUCACAACUUCCCACUGGAGUAUUCUACUCUCCACGUGAUAGGGAUGAAGAGCCUUGAACGAUUUUGAGACUGAAAAACUUCCCCUCCCCAUAAUCAGCAUUUUUUCCCCUGAAGACCUAAUUCAUUUUCUUUUGUUCGCCUUUGCUUUUGAGCAAUCAGCUGUCCUGUGAUCAGAAAACUGUUGGCAGUAUUUUCAUUUUCCUUCACACUUCUAGUGCUUGUAUGCAUCCUGCUGAGGACCUCACUCCCACUGGAAUCUAAAUGGAGUCUCUACCCAAAGAAGCUUCAUUUCUGCGUAGCUAGAUACCACCCAAGAUGCAGCAGACUCCUUGGGGCUUCAGACGGCUGCUUUCAGUCCAUUUCUCGAAAAGGCUGGCUUGCCCACUGGGACUGCAGCUGUGCAGUUAGACUGCUUGGGUUCUGUAAUCCCAUCUGUGCUGUCCUUAUUGUGCUUUUCAGCAGCCCUGCUCCUCUUGGGAGUAGGAGCUGUCAAACAGGGAGAGGGCUUGCUGAGAUUGCUUUAUAAGGGACAGUUAUAAUGUGAAACUUGGUGUAAAUAUAUAUAUUAUCAAUAUUGUUGGAGCAAGCAAAACGUUUUCCUUUUUUAUGACUUCUGUGCAAAUGUGUGGUUGUGUAGAAGACCGGAACCCACUAGCACUUCAUUUUUUUGCUCCUGUAGCAUAUGAAUUGGAGACAAAUAUGUAAAAUAUUUAUGGUCCUUUUCCUCUGCCUUGAAGUGCAUUUGUCUAAUUUUGUUAUAUUUCAAUAAAAUUAUUUGUAGGUCCCAGAA